ACCCUAUUAAUCUUAGGUAACUGCCCUUACUGUCAUGAAUACCUUCAACACAAAGUAUGCUUUCAUCACAUAUUCGAUGGCACUGUCUGAUUACAGACAGCAAGCAGGUGAUAUCUCUUUGGGACAGUUGUGCAAGAGUUUCACUUUCUCUACCCGAAGGGCAGAGUAAUUAGAAUGAAAUUAAGAAUGGACUUUAUUUAGUCUGUGACGUUUCUGGAAAUCACUCGUGAUUUGAAUAAGGUGAAACAAGAUUAGUAAGAGUUCCAAAGAUGAUUUUUUAAUACUAGAACCCUUGACCUUUCUGAAAUACUAAUGUAUUUGCAAGAUUAGAAAGUUAGGAGGUGUUACUGAGCAGACUACAGUAUUAAGUUUCUAAGUCUCAAAAAAGCAAGCAUAGUACAAGGUUGAGAGAAGACAAAGGUUCCUGAAGGGGGCAAAUGGUCAAAUACUUCUGAUGAGGAUAAAAGUCAGGGGAUGUUAAAGGAAAGGGAUGCCCAACAGUCAUUUCACUGAGUUCAUUCCAUGUGGUUAUUUUCUUCACAAUACAGUCUCCAAACCAUAACUGUCACUAUUCAGGAUACAGGAAUGUGGAACCAGUUUUCUAUUAUCUCUUAGUUAAUAGGUUAAUAUGUGUGGCAAGUAGUUAAGCUCUUAUCAUUUAUUAGGGAAGAUAGUUAAUGCAUCUCGACUUUGAUCUGCUCCCUGACAGUCAUACCCAGUUGCUGACCCAGGCUCUGUUCUUUUUCCAAAGAGGAGGCAGACCCCAGGGCAGAUCCUCUCCUCCUACCGUGUCCCCCAGAUGAACAGCAAGUGAAGAUUCUUCAAAACUGAGGCUGAUCAUCCAGGUCUUCAGUUUCUAUUUCACUGACUCUGAAAUGUAAUUUUGACAUUGUGACCCCAAAUUUCUGAUUUUAAAAGGAUGAAAAGUGAGUAUCUCAUUUUCGUAGAGACUCCAAAAGUAAAAGAGUAAAUUAACAAAGCAACUCUUCCUACCAGUUAGAUUUCAUUCAAUAUGGAUUCUGAGAUAGUGGGGAGGGAAAAACUGGUAUCCAGCAAAGAAAUAAACUCCGUGAUCAGGAAUUUGCCCUGAAGAAGAGAGUCACAUUUUAUAUUUAAUCUUUUUGACUCAAAUGUUUAAGCAUUUCAGUAGAAACCUUUCCCAUACAAUGAAGAAGAGAAGAGUUUUCUCCUUUACUCUGAGCCACAUCAGUGGUUUCUAUUGUGGUCCAAAACUCUGAAGGAGGCGUAUCUGGGAAACCACACAGUUUAAUGCUAGAUGGCUGUUCGGUCUAAAUGACCUUAUCAGACCCUCUGCCUCCUUCAGUAUCUGGUAUUUAUUGAUGUACCACUUGGAUUUGGUUCUCAGAGGCUCAUGGGCAGGGAAAACCAGACAUGGGUGAGUGAGUUCAUGCUGCUGGGGCUGUCCAGCUGCUGGGAGACGCAGGCCUCCCUCUUCAUCCUCUUCCUGGCCAUGUAUCUGAUGACUCUGCUGGGGAACUCCCUCAUCAUCCUCCUUACCAGACUGGACAGCAGGCUCCAUACGCCCAUGUACUUUUUCCUCAGUGUCCUGUCCUUUGUGGACAUCUGUUAUACCAACAGCACUGUCCCUCAGAUGCUUGUUCACUUCCUGUCAGCCCAGAAGUCCAUCCCAUUCCACAGCUGCGUGUGCCAGCUCUACGUGUCCCUGGCUUUGGGCAGCUCGGAGUUCUUCCUGCUGGGAGCCAUGGCCUAUGACCGCUACGUGGCGGUGUGCCACCCGCUUCACUACACGGUCAUCAUGCAUGGAGGGCGCUGCCUGGGGCUGGCUGCCGGCUGCUUGGUGGCUGGUUUCACGAAUUCACUGAUGCAGACAACUACCAUCUUUCAGCUACCGUUUUGCCGUCAUGUUAUUAGUCACUUUGCCUGUGAGAUGCUGGCUGUGCUGAGGCUGACCUGUGUGGACAUCUUCUUCAACAAGGUCAUGGUGGCCAUCUCAGGAUUUCUGGUCAUCAUGCUUCCCUGUUUUCUGGUCGUAUUUUCCUAUGGUCGUAUAGUCGCUGCCAUCCUGCACAUUCGCUCUGCGCAGGGACGCCGCAAAGCCUUUGGGACCUGUGCCUCCCACCUCGCUGUGGUUUCUAUGUGCUUCGGAACAGCCAUCUUCACGUACAUGAGGCCCACGGCCGGCCCCUCAACAGAACAGGAGAAGAUGGAGAAGAUGGUUGCUCUGUUCUACGCUGUGGUGGCCCCCAUGCUGAACCCCUUAAUCUACAGCUUGAGGAACAAGGAGGUGGCGAGUGCCCUAAGGAGAGUGCUGAGAAAAUUUAAUGAAAAAAGGUAAAGAUUUGAAGAAUUUUCCUUCCUGCUAGCAGACCAAAGAUCGACAUUCCAAACAAGGAAGAAAUGAUUGGCGUGCCCUGGCUCCCCAGAUUUGCUGACCAGGCGCGUCAUGGCAGCACGUUUCUGUAGUCUGACUCUCCACAUUAGCUCACGU